CGCAACGGCAGUCGGGUCAGACCCAGCUUGGCGCGUGCUUUGCCCCUAACUCGUUUGUGAGCGCAGGCGACUUGACUCUUGCUGUAGCCCAGUAGUGCGGCCCAGUGGUGCGCACUCGUUCGGUUUUUCCUCGGCGCACAGCAAUACAACUCCGUCAAGACCCAAGUCAUGGACUUCUUGUUGGGCCUGGUCGGUGCCGACUUUGUGUUGGUGGCGGCUGAUACUGCACAGAUUCGCAGUGUUGUGCGCAUGAAAUCAGACUUGGAUAAGACUAUGAAGCUGACGGACAAGACUAUGAUGCUCCUGGCUGGCUCUGUUGGCGCGUGCAGCAACUUUGGCGACUUGAUGGCCAAGAACAUCAAGCUGAAUGGCAUUCGCAACGGCUACGACCACUCACCUGCUGAGUGCGCCAACUUUGUGCGCAAGUCACUGGCAGAUGCUCUCCGUACUCGAGAGGCCUAUCAGGUCAAUUUGCUGCUUGGUGGCUACGAUGCCCACGAUGGACCAGAACUCUACUACAUCGACUACUUUGGUGCCAUGGCCAAGGUGCCCUUUGGAGCCCAUGGCUAUGGUUCCUUCUUUACACUGGCCACUCUGGACCGUCACUACAAAGAAGGCAUGAACUUUGAAGAGGCCAAGGACGUCAUGCGCAAGUGCAUCGAGGAGGUGCGCACGCGCUUCAUCGUCAACAUGCCAGCCUUUACCGUGCGCGUUAUCGACCGUGAGGGCACGCACGAGGUCACUCUUUAAGCAUACCACCACCCAAUCUUCGUGUCACUUGUCCCAGCAUCCGCUGGUGUCUGUCCUUGAGCGUAUCAUUUUGCCCUUGCCGGCCUGAAGCUGGCGGUAUCGACGAUGGGCUAUUUUUGUGACCUGUGUUGUAGCGUUUCAUGCAUGUCGCCCCUCGUGCGCCUCGUUUCUUGGCAAUUCUUGUUCCUCUUUCCUUCCUUCCGCGCGCCCUCUCUCUCUCUUCUUUCGACUCCGUGUCACACUUUCUCCCAUUUUAAUUGUUGCUGUUUUGUCAUUUUUCGUCUAUGCCCGGCUUGGGUAUGCCUUUGGGUGAGUUUGGGCUGCAACGCGGCCAUCGCCCCGCCUUCCAUGCAUCCAAGCAAUUGACCUGCACGCUUUUC